AUGGAGUUUACCAUCCACGUUGGAACUUUGACUGGACAAGUGAUUUCUUUGAACGUGUUUUCUCAUUUCACUAUUGGGGAUAUCAAAUACCAGUUGUUUGAACAAAUAGGUAUACCUGUUGAACAUCAACAACUUGUGUUUUGUGAACACCAUUUUGUUAAAGACGAGGCAACAUUGGACGAAUGUGGUAUUCAAAAUGGGUCAACUUUGCAUUUGGUGUUGCAUAUGACUGGAGGUAUGUUAAUAUCAAGAUGA